AUGGCAACUAUACCCACAAUCGAAAACAGCUUCAAGGCGGUAUUGUCAGCAAUGGUAACGGUUGCAGCAGUGGAACAUCAAACACAACCAAUUUUUGUGGCUGACAAGGAAGGACGCCGUUGGUUGGUUUGCUUGAAUCACGAGUACGAAAAAGUACGCGCAAGUCUGGAAUAUCUUAAAAAAGCGCAGAGACUUUCCUACGAUGGUUUUCCGACAACAGAAGAUCGCUUCUGGUAUGCUGAUGCUGUGGUUGAUGCUCUUGCCGAAUACGCUAACGGUACACCUAAUUUGGAAUACAAGUUAUGGAUGGAUAUAUUUGGAAAAAGACAGCCAUUUGAGACGCUUUUACAGUUUAACACUCCAUGGGAGCGUCGGGCCAAUGUAUUUUGUCAAACACAUAGUGUGACACGAAACUGUUGCUGCGCUUCUGCAACUGCCAUUCGAAGCUGUUUUGCAAUGUUUUUUGCACUUCGUGAACUUUUGGAUCUAACUCUGGUUGAUUAA